AUGCAGCGAGAGCUCAGGGACGGCUCACCCCCAGCUGUGCUGCCAUCUCCACCCAGUGCCUGCUCUGCCGCACCAGCUUCACUCCCUUCCACUGCUGGCAGCCCCGGGCCGGUGCCCGGCCAGUGGCCGGGGAUGGGCAAUGAGGGUCCCACAGGCCCAAGGGAUGCUGGGCUGGAGGCAUCCGAUGCUGGAUUGAAGCUAGCUGGCUGUGUCCAGUCUUCUGCUCAGCGGCAUGGUGACCCCAGGACCCAAGGCACUGUUGGCAGCCUGGUCCCCAGUGGCCCCAGUGGUUGGCUGUGCCUCCCCAACUGA